UUAUUGGAGGGUAAGUGGAGCGUAGGCCGUCGCCACAGCCGCCGCCGCCACUUCGGUUUGAGCAUAACGCGAGUGACGGGUGACAACCCUCAGCGUCCGGGGUGCGGCUUUCUCCGAAUGGACUCGCCUUCCUUCCCUAAAGUCCUGAUCAGAGCAGGACCGAUGGGGCCUCUGAAGAGGGCCGAGUCUCUCAAAAGGAGGGACUCAUCUCUAAAAAGGGCCGACUCGUCCUUGCGGAGGGGAGACUCGCUGGCUGCAGGCGCCAGCGUCGCUUUCGAGAGCAGCACGCUUUUCUGGCUGUUGUUCAACCAGAUCGGAUCGGUCAUCUGCGAUUCUAUUUACCAACUGCGACCCUCCAAUCUGUGCUCCAUAAUCGGAUCAACCGUUCGAGGAGCUCUAUACUCGAUUUCUUCAAUCUUCAACCCGAGACAACGACAGGUGCACAAGUGGGUUCGCUCUGAGGUGCCCUUCAAAGAGAUUCCGAGCAUCACGUCCGUGUGGGCCGACGGGAGCAUCCUCUGCGUCCUCGUGGAGAACGCAAUCGCACCAAACCCAGACUCGACCUAUCAUUUGGAUAAGUACCAACAUUUCGGGCAUGUGACUCUACCGAACAUCCGAUUAGGUCAACAGUUGGCUCGUCAGUACCUUCACGUCGAUCCAGAGUUCACAAACAACGAGUUGCAAAAAGAAGCUGAUGCGGAGAUAAUCCAUAGACUUGUGAAAUAUUUGCAAAAUGUUAAAAAGGCCUCCAAAUUGGCUAAAAAUAGGAAACCCUUCGAAUUUUACGAACGAAGACCCUCAUAUAAGGGCAAAACAGAUGACGCAGAAAAAGAAGGAGCGUCAAAAGCCGUCGUCGCCGCACGCAAGCGGAAGAUUGUGCAUCGGAGGCGGCACUCAAAGAGCUCGGAUAAAACAAGCCUCAACUACAGUGUGGUCAGCUCGACGGUGGUCCCCGAGAGCACGUCAGACGGAGACAGUGAUGCUGUCAAGCUGCAAAACUUGCUGCAAGACGACCUCUUCAGCAAGUGCAAAGAGAUCCAGUCCGUGUGCGAGAUGCUGCUGGAACGCAGCAGCAAACGCAAAUCGCUGCAGAUUUUCAACAAGGCAACGCAAAUUUUGUCGCGAAGGAACAGCGAAGACAAGCUUAAACUCACGGAGGAGGUGGACGAGCAGGCCGAAGCUAAGUGCGAGAAAAACGAUGGUCCGCAGGGAGAACAAAAGCUGCAGCGUCGUCCAAGCGAGCAGAAGAUCGUCGUCUCCAGUUUUAACGUGGAAAAAAUUACAAGGAAGAAGAGUGUGGAUUCCGGGAAGGGCCGAAAUUCGAGGAGAAACAGUGCCCAGCAGCAGGAGCAGAUCUCGGUGGCCAGGAAAAGGCCACCCAAGGUCAAAGCGAAACCAAAGUUGGACUCUCUCAAAUCGAACUUCAGUCGGGUCGAGAAUUUUGAACGGGAGAGACGACACUCGGUAGAGAAUGUGGUCCAACAAAUUGAAAGUCUCGCAGCUGAAGUUGCGAAUGUAAGCGUCCCUGAUGAUUCCACCAAUGACGUAGAGGGCUUUGCAAGACGAUUGUCCCAAAGUUUGAAUGUUUUGGACAAGAAUCUGAAGAAAUCAACAAACGACAAUAAUCACAAAGAGAUUAAAAAUUUCUCCAAAAAUGGAAGCAUUGAGCGUAAAGAAUUCAAUAGCGGCGUCUUCAAGGCGCGACGCGACGCAUUCCUGUCGGUCGAAUCUAAAUCCGCGCCAUGCACCAAAGAAAAGGUGCCCGCGGGGGAAAAACGGAAAAAGUCUUUGGGUGCGGGCGUCGAGGAAAGCAAGCGACGCUACGAGUCAGCCAAAAACUUUUUCCAGCACAUGGAGCAGCAGAGUUGCUCCUUCGAGCGCAAGAGCAGCGAAUUAAAGGAAGUGCUGAGACGCUGCUCUGAGUCAAGGGCAUUGAACCCUGAGCAUGUCGACUACGAGCAGUUCAGGAGCUGCAGGUCGACAAGGUCUCCGCCAGGCCGACUGCACGUGGCUAACGUGUUUUGCCAAGAAGAAACCACUCAACAGGCGGCGAAAACGAUCGACGUGCCUGAGAUGUCGGCUGUGGUGGCGUCCCUGAACUCGGCCUACAACGAGAACGAAGUACGUCCGCGCUCCCCGUAUGAGAUGGUGCACGAGGGGAGCGCAGAGGACGACUUGGAGCCGGCCGACCCAGACCGCCAGACGCUGGACGGCAGUCGAAGACGAGUGUCCUAUUCGCAGCUGAACGAGCAAGGCGACGCCGGCAUUUUUUGACAGCCCCCUUAUCACUGCGCUCGCACGCAUACGAGCUGCCUGGCGUUCUUGUUGUCGCCCGUUCUCGCCUGUUUGUACGAGCAGAUGUGUGGAGAUUAAACAGGCGCGUCGUCUCUUCUCUCUCUCUCUCGCUCCCGCAGCGGGCAAGCAGGCUCUUCUUUUAACCCGUUCGACCAGCGGCAGCAGCACGGGCUUCAUAAUUCCGUCGGCGGCACUC